AUUCCCAUUGCCGAAAGUCCACCCUCAUCACCACAGAAGAGCGAUGUCCGCGACCCGCCACCUGUACGUUUUCACCGCACCCUACAAGACGGAAGACCCAGAGGCGAUGAAGCGCCGCGCCCAGCACCGCCCGGCGCACGUCCAGAGGCUCACGGGGAUGUGGGACGACGGGACGGUCCAACUUGGAGGGCCUAUGCUCAGCUCGGACUCGAACCCGGCUGGACCGCCCUCGGACCUGAAAGCGAUCUCCUCAUUCAUCAUCUUCCGCGCGGAGAGCAUCGAGAAGGUCAGGGAGAUCGUCGAGUCUGACCUGUUCUACACCGAGGACAUCUGGGUCAAGGAGGAGAUCCGCAUCAAUCCCAUUUUGGCUGCGGGUCCGGCGUUGAAAUGAACGAUGAUACAACAGGAUAUACAUACAUAUGAGAAGAAGCCUAGUGAUAUAAGUACAUGUACCGGCGAAGACGAUCAUGAAUGCCCUCGAAUUCGAGUCGUAGGCACCGCGCCCAUGUGAUGAUCAUUGAACGCGCCGCGGCCGCAGACCCGGCGCUUUCUGUGCACGGC